AUGGCUUUCUCGGAUGUGCUUUGUGUGGUCAGUUUUAGGACCUUUUAUUCAAUGAGCGAGCUUUCAGUUUUUGGAGACGUCCUGACUCCAUUCGUUUGCAAACUUGGUGCAUAUUUUGGAUAUCUUUCAUUAUCAUUGUCGGUUUUAAGCUUAAUGCUUAUUUCAGUAGACAGGUUCGUUGCCAUCGUGUUUCCUAUGAAAGUGUCGAUGAUUUCACGCCCGGUAAGAUCAAUUUUCAUUUGGCUAAGCUGGGUCUUCUCAUUGGUUUUCGUAAUUCCGGCUUGGUUUGAAGUAAGGCUGGCUAAGGAAACUGAAAAACCUCUCAUUUGCUCUCCGAGAAAGUUCAACACACUGUACUCCGCUUACACCUUUGUACGGCUUUUGGGCUUCUAUUUCCUACCGCUUAUCGUCAUUACAAUCUUAAACAUAUGUAUCAUCAAUUCGUUGCGUAAAACUAAUCCUGUUAUUCAAGGAAACAGUCUGAGCAGCGCCAUAAGACAUAAAAGAAAUCAGCGAAUAAUGAAGAUGCUAAUUUUAAUCAUUGUUGUCUUCUUCUUGUGUUAUACACCGAGAACUGCUUUUCCUAUU